GGAUAGAUCUACUUCCGGGUCUUGCGUACAAUUCAAAGAGUGGCGGGAGCAAUAACAGGCUAUUAAGUUGAUAGCUCUAAUGGGUUGAUGGCGCUAAGAAGGUUAUCCCUCUCUCUGCUGUCCACGGAGAGUGACUCUGAGGAACUGCCCACAUUCGCCUUUCUGAAGAAGGAACCAGCUUCAACGGACAGCAAUCCACCUCAGAGAGAGAAGAACAUUGUUGUUGUCACCUCAGAUAUUGAGGCCUCCUGUCCUCCAUCACCAGGCUUAAAAGACCCACCAUGUGUCCCCAGUGCAGCGGAAGCUCCCACACAAGCAGGGCCAGUCAGAGUGCUGAGCAGUAGCAGUGAGGAUGAAGAUGGAUUGGUCUCUCUGGCUGAAAGGAUCACAUGGAAGCUUUUGAGGAACAAACAGCUGAGCCCUGAGCGCUCUCGCUCCCCACUUAAAACGGGUUCAGAUCACCAAAAAAAUGCAAGUACACCAUGUGACUGGAAAAGGCAACCGUGUCCAAAGAUUCCUGAUGUUCCUCUCCACAGUGCCCUAGAGAAGAGUCCAGCAAAUGACAAAGACUCCCUCUUAGACAAUCAGUGCCAUCAACUUCCUGCCUACCAGGCUACAGGCAGGGAGUUGGCAGUCACCAAAACAAAUCCUGACCUCCCUCUACCCAAGAAGAGAACCAAGCACAUUCAGACAGCCCAGAGCAGAGGCCCUCAGGGAUGCUGGCAGCCAAGACAGGCAAGCAGGAAGGAAAACACCCCAAGGCAGCAGGAAAGGAAAAAGAAGGCAGAGAUGGUCAACAGGCUCAGAGCCCAGAGGCCAGAGGAAUGCCUGAAACACAUCGUGGUGGUGCUGGAUCCAGUCCUUUUACAGAUGGAAGGUGGGGGCCAGCUCCUGGGAGCGCUGCAGGCCAUGGAGUGCAGCUGUGUGAUUGAAGCUCAGGUCGUACCUCAAAGUAUCACUUGGAGGAGGAAGACAGAGCUGGAAGAGGAUGGAGAUGACUGGGUGGAAGAGCCAACAAUCCUGGUGUUGGUCCUCAAAGAGGUCUUCAUGUCCAUGGUCUACAACUCAAAGCAGGGAAAUCCUGGCAGCACUGAGAAAGGGAAGGAGACACUUCGGGGCUUUGUAACUGAUGUCACAGCAAGGACAGGGAAAGCAUUGUCACUGGUGAUUGUGGACCAGGAGAAAUGCCUCAGGGCUCAGAAUCCCCCGAAAAGAAGGAAAUCAGGAAUGGCAAAUAAAAAGGCCAAAGAGAAGCAUCAGCAGAGACGAGAGUCCAGCACAAGGCUCAUGGUGUCCAGGGUAGACAUGGAAGAGGCAUUGGUGGAUCUGCAGCUAUAUACAGAAGCCCAGGCUCGGAUCGUGCAGAGCUGGAGAGAGCUGGCCGACUUCGCCUGUGCAUUUACAAAGGCUGUGGCUGAAGCGCCCUUCAAGAAACUCCGGGAUCAAGGCAGCUUCUCCUUCUUCCUGGAGAAAGACUGGGCUGGAGGGGUGAAAGCGGACCAUGCUGGUAGAGGACUUGCACUGAUCUGGAGGCGGCAGAUUCAGCAGCUGAACCGAGUCAGCUCAGAAAUGGCCGGCGCUAUUGUGGAUGCCUAUCCUUCUCCACAGCUCCUGGUGCAGGCUUAUCAGCAGUGUUUUUCUGAACAAGAACGCCAGAAUUUGCUGGCUAACAUACAGGUGCGACGUGGGGAAGGUGUGACAGCCACCUCCCGCCGUGUUGGGCCAGAAUUAUCCAGGCGGAUCUACCUUCAAAUGACCACAGUGCAACCAGAUCUCAUCUUAGACAGUGUUGACUGAUAUCCCAUAGCAACAGGAUGGAAGCUUCCCCAACCGUGGCACCUGACAGCAGAGGGGUCAGAAGUACCUCCUAGUGCAAUUAGGGAGCAAGUCUCCCAUCUCUGGGAACAGAAGGCUGAGACACUCUAAUCUACCUCCACCAGCAAUUACCGCUUCUCUCCCAGCAAGCAAGAUGCCAUGGACAGCCAUCCUACCCCGUCCCAGUGACCUUCACAGCACAAAAGAGAAAGGCAGACCACUCAGACACGGAUUUAAUAAUUGUAGAAAUCCAAAGAAUAAGCAUCAAAUCUCGAAGUCAGAGUGAACUCUUGCCUGCGGGUUGGCUUGACUACGCCCAGCCACUGAGCUGCCUCAACCAGCCAGGGAUCUAUGAGGCUGACUUCUGUUUUCAUGAUGUCACCAUAUGUAGUAUGUAUUUUGUCUCAAUAAAGCAUUUGUACCGAUGGCUCUGGAGCUUGGAGGAAGACUAAA